UUAAUCUGAGUUUGAGAUCAAAAGUUAUGACAAAAACAAAAAACGCAAAAAAACUGAAAAAUUAGGAAUUUCAAAAUUCUAGGCAUUUUUUCCCAAGAAUUUUGAAAAAUUAGGCGUUUGGCCUCCACCUAAAAAUUUAAAUAGGUAAAAAAAUUACGACUUUAACUCCGACAAUGAGUUCGAUGAUCUUGCCCUCGUUUGGUGGUAGUUUGUUGCGAGGAGAAUAUGUUAGAUUGAGUUAGAGGAAAGAAAAAUAUUCUGUCAAAAAAAAAAGAGGAAAGAAAAAUAUAAAAUACAUGCCCGUAUAAUUUGUUCAUCUAUAUUCAAAUGCGGGCAUUACCGAAUUAAAUGAGAGUGUCAUUUAACUUUUCACAAAAAAAUCAAGUGUUUUUUAUUUUUAAGGAAAAAAAAUCACGAAGGCGCGUUUUUUUUUUCUCAGAAGGAAAGUAGCAAAAGGAAAAUCGUUGACGCCUCCACCACUCCAAACACUCAUCCUCCGUCGCUACCGGCGGUCGGUGUCGGUGACGUCGGCGCCACCACUCUCUCUCCAUCCGGAAACCCCUUCACUACUUUCUAGGUGUGAAUUCGUUGGUGUGAAGAUGCUUCAAAUUCGUCUAAAUAAAGGUUCAUCACUAGAAGGUAGCACUGGAACAAAAUUGUUGCCUGGGGAGUCUGUGAAUGUUGCUUGCCCUGAUCACCUUGUUCUUGCUGACCUUCCUGUUGCCAAGGGUCUCGGUUCAGCUACCUCUGCUUCGUUUGUGAAGAUUGUGGGCCGUCGUUCUCGACGACAGCUUGCUGAGCGAGUCCACUUUUGUGUUCGUUGUGAUUUCCCUAUUGCAAUUUAUGGCCGCUUGAGUCCAUGCGAGCAUGCUUUCUGUCUUGAUUGUGCUAGGAGUGACUCAAUUUGCUAUCUAUGUGAUGAACGAAUCCAGAAGAUCCAAACGAUCAAAAUGAUGGAGGGAAUCUUCAUUUGUGCUGCUCCUCACUGCCUCAAGUCAUUUCUGAAAAAGUCUGAUUUUGAGUCUCACAUACAUGAAAACCAUGCUGACUUGCUUCAGCCUAAUAUGAAAAGAGAAGAGAUGAGUGAACCAGAGGGAUCAAAUUCUAAGCCCUCUUCGACAUUAGAUACAACACUUCGAGGUCCACCAAGGCCUGGUUUCCCUCCUAGUGCAAAUCAUCAGGUGAAUGAUCGUGAAGAUAAAGCCCGCCGCCAGCAACCUAGAGACCAGCCUCCUCUUAGACCACUUAUGCAGCCAAAGCCACCACCGUUCUAUGGACAAGCCCAUCCUUCUGACCCUCAAUCCGACAACCGCCCCAUGGGCUUUGAUGGGUCGGGCCAACCUCGGAUGCAACAGCAGAAUGGUGAUUCACAGGGUGGAACACAGGAUUUUGGCCAGUUUUCAGACAAGCAGCAACAAGGAAUCCUGCCUGAUCCUCAUCGUGAGUACUCAAUGAUGUACCCCCAACAGCCACCUAAUUUCGCAAUGCCUGUUAAUGCAAACCCAAUGAUGAUGGGCCCGCCUCCAUUUGGCUUUUCUCCUUUCCCAUCUGAUGCAGCACCACCCUUUUAUAACACUCCAGGUUCCUAUGAGGUAGCACGAUCAGACUCCACUGGGGAUGGUGGAUCUGAGCAAGGGUCAGUAUUGGGUUUUGCUCCAGGACCUGGGCCUGUUAAUUUCCAAGAAAAUUAUCCCCGUCCUUGGAAUGGGGGCCCUGCUAAUGUUCCUUUCGAAAAUGUCCAAGGUGGGCAAGGUUUGUUGUCAGCCCCGCAAGGCAUGCCACCGCCUCCACCUCCACCAGGGCCACCACCUCCUCACUUGGUGCAACAUAAACAUGGGUACUUUUCAGGUGAGAUGAGUAAUGAUGGAAAGAACUACAGAUGGCAAUCAGAGAGACGUGAUGGUUUUGGAAGUAGCCAGGACUAGUGCAAGUUUCCUGCUUAUUAUGCUGUAUUAUGCGCUUUUCAUUUUUUUUUUUGGAUAAUGCAAUAACUUUUGCUUUUUUAGACUCGUAGUAUUAGUGUUUUCUGUUCGUUAUUGGCAUUUGUUUUUUUUACUGCUUUGGUAUAUAUAUUGGCAAUGCUUGCUAGGUAUGUGGCAUAUGCCAUGGUUCA